CAACAGCUCAGCAGAUGUACAAACCUCAGUCGAAGCUUUUACUUAACUUUAACACAGGAGAACUUAUCAUAUCUUGACACCGAGCAUGGAUUUAUCUUCCAUUAUAAGGAAAAUGGGUCAUUCUCUGGUGGAGAUAAGAGUGCGAGCAUUGAAGAGCAUCUUAUGCAAGCUGGAUCUUUCCCUGAUUUCCGUCCAUGAUAUUGUCCAGGAGAAGAUGCUGUUUGUGUAUCUUCUGGAGUGGUUCAAUUUCCCCGAGGUGCCAAUGAAGGAAGAGGCCCUUGAAUUGCUUUUAACCUUAUCAAAGCAUCCAAGUGCAGCCCAGAUGCUGCGAGACGUUGGGGCGGUGGACUUUCUCACCCAACUGUCUCCUAACGUGGAGCCCAGCCUGCGAGCUGUCAUUGAUGGAACCCUGGACCAGCUGUUCCACCUACCAGAACUGCUCCCCAGUCGUGUAGUUGUCUACUCACAUGGACCACGUAGUACAUCUCCAAAAGCUCAAGAGGAUUUGCCUAAAAUGGGUUAUUUCCACAAGAGCAUGCCAAAUAAUAUGGAUAUACCGCCUCACAAGAUAGCAGUGCACGAAUCUGUGAGAUGUCUGAAGUUUUCUGUGUUUCCAUGGCUGACUUUGACAAACACAGACAGGCACAUACUUUCUUCCAAUGAGAAUUCCUUGGGGAGCAGCAAUCCCAGCCUAGUGCGAACGACUUGUGAACUUCUGUGUGAUGUCAUUAUGCAAGACUUUCCUGCUGAGAUAUUUCUGCAAAGGCCGGGCAUUGUAAAGAGCCUUCUGUCCCUAUUGAGGCUGGGUCUAGGUAAAGAGGAGUCAGGCUACCUCUACCUGUCGGCUCUUUCCUGUCUCCGGCAGCUUUGUGUGGGAUUAAGAAGGCGGCUGCGCUUUCAUCAAGACCCAAGCUUCUACGCUGCGAAACAAGAUCCAGUUUCUCAGAACUCGUCCUUCUCCUACACCCAGGAGGUUCUGGGGACCCAGCGUUCGGGGGCCUCCUCUCCUGGGUCCGAGUGCUCUCCCCGGCCUUCUUUAGUGGGACGCACAAGCCAGAGAGCCAGAGGAGACGGUCAAGAUGGAGACGCAGCUUCUAAUAGUGGCAGCUCACACAGAAGUGGAGGAGCAGUCCAGGCCCCCAGACAGAUGGCCCAUUCACCUGCAGAUGUGGCCCAUGUGGAGCUUCCUGAUCUGGGUGUAGAAGAUGUGUUGGAGUUGCAGUUGCGGCAGCUCACUUUGGCUCAGUUUACUGUUGCCUCUAUGGAGUGUGCCAUACCACUGCUUAAGACAGAAGGUUUGCAUGCUUUCCAUCGCGUUGUGGAGCUGCUGUGUGACGCUGUCCUCCUGCUUGGGGACAGCGUUUGUGAGCUGGUCUGGGACGAUCGCAGCCUGGCGGGGAUGGAGCUGAAAGAGAAGCUGCAAACCUGCAUGGAGCUACUGGGGGAUAUACUGAGCUAUCACCACAGCUGUUCAGUGGAUAUUUCCAACAAUUCUCAGGUUCACCAUAGACUAGCCUACAUAGGCACUGCCAUAUUUACCAUUAAACUCCUACAGACCAUCCUCCCACCCGAGAAGGCUAGUGACAAUCUCCCAGAAAACACUGCAACAGCUCUUUUCCACUUAUGCUUGGACACAUCAUUGGGAAGUUUGUUACCCAGCAUGCAAGAGACAGCAGUGGCCUACUUGGAACAGGUGAACUCGGACAGCCAUGAAAUCUACAGGAGGGUGACCCGAGCUGCCCUCUGGAUGGAAUCCACUUGCAACUUUCUCAGGGAAGCACAAGCGGAGGGGGAGAAGAACUGGCUGGAGUUAGUGGAGCUGGCAGACCAAGCCAUAGAUGGCCUUCCAUUUCACCAGCACUUGCCUAUCAUCAAAGAAUGUGUUCACAUUUGCUCUUAUCUGUGGAAGUUUGAACAGCCCAGUCCCCUCCUCCAAACGGAGAGCCAGAAACUCCUCCUCAAGCUGCUGGCCCAUCCUUUACUGCCCGUCAAGACAGAAACAUAUGAAUGCACUUUAAACCUGGUCAAGGACUGCCUUGGCAUCCAGAAUGCGACACGACAGGAACCAGGGGCAUGUGCUGGAGUUAGCUUCCUUCUCCACCACAGGGUGCUCUAUGAAAUAAGCACCUUUGGACUCCAGGAUUCGGCACAAAAGGUGAAUGCUCUUGCCAAGGAUAUCCUGCUAUUCCUGCUCAAGGGACAAUUGAUGAUGACAGCAUCAGCCUGGGACAGAUUCAAUGAGGCACUUUACCCGGUCAUGCCCAUAUUACAGGGUUACGCCAGCACCGAGGAGUCACUCGGAAACUGCGUCCUGCUGAUAAGUGACAUGUCGGACAUGGCAAGAGACAGUGUGUUCCCAAGUACAGCCAAACUAAAGGCGGCACUGCGACUCCUUUUCACUAAGCAGCCCGCUGUGAGAGUAGCAGCAGUACAGCAAUUCCUGCCCCACCUCACUGGAAGCGAUGAUGCAAAUACAGCCCGGCCAAAACUGGAUCAACAAAUGAUUGCCUCGCUCCCCAACCUCUUCUGCCUUAAAAACCCUUUAGACAUCACACUUGAUACCAGCAAGAAGUCUGUUCUAAAGGUGGAAUCUGUUGAGAAGCUGUUCAGUAUCCUCUACUCAGACAUGGUUGAUAUCACCUUGAAAAGAUCAGCUGCAGAACAGCUUUCUGUGGUGCUACAAGACACAGCAAUGCAUCCAGUACUAAAGAACCUUGGAAUAACAGAUAAAGUCCUUUCUGUAAUUAUGGAGUGUGUAAAUGGCAACAAGAGGUUUGAUUGUCUGCUGGAGCCUUGUGUAUGUAUCCUGAGAAAGCUGGUGUACGCUGAUCCAUCUCUGAGGCACAGCCUGGCACAGCGGCAGCUCCUGCUCCUCACACUGCUCAGGGCAUCGUUGAUAUUGAAGGAGAACAAAAGCGAUGGAAGUGAGAUUGCUGUUCUGAUGAGUUUACUGCUAUUUGAUGAGAUCGCCAGCACUGACUUAUGGUCUGAUAAAUCCAGCACAGAAGUGAGCGUCACAACGUUCUCCCUGCCAUUGGCAGUAACACGCAGGUACAACGUUCCAUUUCAGGCAGCAACUCAUCAUGCUGUUAGUCCGUACUGCUGCGUACUGGUGCCUUCGUCUGACCUCCAAACUCUUAACCCUGCCCGCCAAGCCCUACAGGUGGCCUGGAACACUGCGUGGCAUUCUGGGAUAGAUAAUCUCCUUCAGGAGCUUUGUGGCGUUGCUAGAGAUGUCAACGAAUUCCAUCCCGACUUAAACCUGUCAGAAACACAAGUUUUGUGGCUGAAGGCAGUGCACCUUCCCACUGCGCUGCAGGAUUGUAUCCAGGCCAUCGUCACCGCAUCAGGGCACAGUUCUGUGGCCUCUGCUCUCUCCAGGCUCAGCCUCUACCUGUUGAUUGACAGGCUGGCAUUCCCACACAUUCCCACCUACAGAUGCAGGGAGACCCUUCACUCCCUCAGGUGGCAGGCUGCAGUGACCAGGUUUCUCCAGGUGCGCCCAGCCUGUGUUGAGGAUGAAAGGUUGCUGGUGGGCAUCAUUGCAUUUUUGAACGCCUACUUCAUGCGGAUUCAAACCGAAUUUGCGGCCGACUCAGAGGACAAGGACCUGCGCUGGAUACUGGAGCUGCUUCUCAACCAGGAUGCUGUGUCUCUACUGAAUUUGCUGCUUGGUGUGGAGACCCAGACCUCAACUCAGAGCACAGGGGAGCAUCAAGAAGUGAAGAACCAUGUGAGCCAAAGACUGCAGAGAGAGCUCACCCACUUCUUUAACACCUUACUCCGCUGCCUAUCACACACCACUGACAGGCUAUGUUUGGCAUUAGCCGGCCCCUUCGAGAGCCAGCUGGCCGUCCGUUUGCUUCAGAGCCUGCGGGUGUCUGAUGCACCGCGUUUUUAUGGCCUUCCCAGCCUGGAGAGGACACUGCAGGGCAUGAUCAGCGUGACUGCCCAGCCUGGCUGGAGCUCCCACUGCCCUGACCUGGAGCCCAGCUCCCUUUGCUCCAAGUAUCUCAGUGGGUUAUUAGAGGUGAUAUCCUCAUUUUAUGUUGAGUGGGGUGGCAACUCCUUGUCGUUCAUGGGGAAAGGUGUUACCAAGAAUGCAGUCAUCUGCUUGCUUCACUUGUCUCAUGAGAUGAUGUCUGAAAACAAGGACAAGGACAUGAUUCCACAGUGGUCUUUGGGGAAUGAAGCAGCUGCCGAGGAAGCCAGUUCCUCUCAGCUGGGUUUAGCAUGGUUGAUCCCGUUAUGGGUGGACCGAGAUCAAGAGGUGAGAUUUGCCAGUUUGAGUUUAGGUGCAGCUCUAUCCUCGAUGCCCAGCGGGUGCCAGGCUCUGUGUGCCAGCUGUCAGAACAUAAGUGGAGGCCUGUGGGGCACAUUGCUCAACAUCCUCUUGGAUCAACAGGAGAGCACCAUGGUCCGCAGAGAGGCUGCAUUUAUCCUGCAGAACUUGCUGGUGAUGCCUAUGCCUGCCAACGCAGAGGAGGCCAAGGACUCCCACUGGCAGCACCCCUGUGUUCGUGAUGAAGUGUCUGGGGUGUCUUUGGUGGGUCUUCCAGCACUGCAGGCUCUGCUCUAUCACUGUCAGUAUUUCCAGCAUGUGGCUCUCUCUGCCUCCAGUUGUUACUGUGGCAGGUACACUUUCUACAUCCAGCCUCGUGGUGGCUCUCACUGUGGCCCAAGACUUCAGGAGAGCGCUUCAUCGGAUUCUGAGAAUUCUCUGUGGCUUUCGGGACGCAACCCACCAGCACCCACAGUCAACUCCAGCAGACCCUCCAGCUCUCUCUCCACCUCUAGCACUGUGAUAAGAGAUUCAAGGCCACACUCCCCAAAGGCUCCCUCCCCACUGAGUAUGACACAAGAUACCCCUGUCAGCAGACUGAUGGCUCAAGGCCAGAGCGACACAGACACCAGCAACUCUAUUACCUCACAGGACUCCCGACAGGGCGAGCCCUUGGCCGUGGAACCGGUUGUCAAGGUAACGCCUGACCUCCUGACAGCCCACUGCGGCCUGCUGACCAACCUGCUGGCCAUCCUGCCAGACUUCACCCUCACUGCCAUCCGACAUAACCAGCUCCUCCAAGCUCUGGCCAGUCUGGUGGCUCUUGGCUCCGUUGAAAAGUGUCUUACUGAGCUGAAGACGCCAAACAUCCUUCCAGGAGAGAGAGAGGACAUCAAACGCCAGUUUGUCACCAUACUUCAGUUCCUGUCCAGCUUUUCAAAACUCCUGCAGUCAUAUGUCACAGUGAGCGAGGAGCCGAUUGGUCAGAUGGACUUCCUGAAGAAGCUGUUGUCUUCUCUGGUGGCUGUGCUCAUGCUGGAUACUAAUGGUUUAGACGCAGGUACCCGCGACGUGGUUUGCAUGUGCUGGGCAGACGUGUUUAUGCUCCUGGCUACUCUGGUGAAGAGGGAUGGCUCAGCAGCGCACCCAUCUGUCUGUGCUGCGCUGGGGAGACAGUGGCGAGCGUUUGCAGGAACGUUAUCGGUGUGCGUAAAUGAGAGGUUUGCGCAGCCUCUCCUUCACACAGUAGCUCUGCAGUUUCUCUGUACAGUUUUCACAGAGGAAACAAAGAGCCGCAGUCAAGAGGUCACAACCUCAAACUCAAAGUGUGUCAGAGCUCUCUCAGACGUCCUGAAUAGUCCCUCAGCCAGCGAGCUGUGUGAGCUCUUAUUACAGAGCUUUGAGAAGAGGAGCACUCAGGACCCUUUAAAGAAGCUUACAGCUAGAGCUCUGAUGACACUGCUAGCCUGCAGCCCCACAGCUCAAAACUAUGCAGUUAAAGCUGGUUUAAUUGACACCUGUGUGGAGCAGCUGAAGCAAACUCAUUCCCAGCUCCACUUGGAGUCAGUCCGGCCCAGCAAGGCUUCCCACCGCAAACAGGAAGAGGGCUAUUUGAAGGAAGUCAAGCUGACUGUGGAGAUCCUGCGGAGUGCUCUUUAUUGCAACGAUGAAUGCAAAGUGGUUGCCACAGAUGCUCACCUAACACAGGCGCUCAAUGCCCUUUGGCCUUGGCUCCUAUUGGACGACGCAACUAUGGAGGCGGUUCUGGAGCUUCUGUGCGUCUACACGGCCAACUGCACAACAGCAUGCAGUUCUCUUUGUGGCAGUGGCCCUGGCCUUGUACCAGGAUCUAAAAGCUCCUCCACUAGCUCACUGAUGCACUCUGUCAUGAAGCUGGCUUCAGCGCUUGCCCCAGAUAACAGCAUCAUACAGAAUCUGGCUUUCUCCCUCUUGGCUAACCUAGUCAUGUCCCGUGACUGCAGAUGUCUCCUGCAGAAGAAUAACUUCCUUCAAGCCUUCUUGUCAGUACCAGUGCCCAAGGCUGCUGGUGUUAAAGCCACGUCUGUAAGUAGUGGUUGGAGCCUUCUGGGCCUAUGGCUGAGACUGCUGGCCAGUCUCUCAUUCACAGAGGACGGCCAGCAGAGUAUCCUCAGGCUGACCGGAGCGCUGGAACUGCUGGCAGACUUGGCACCACAUCGACGGCACGCGCUGCUCACCCUUCAGAACCUCUGCUUCUGCCCUGCCAACAAGUCACACGUCAUUGCCAAUGACAAAGCCAUGAAGGUGCUGCUAUCCUGCCUCGAAAGUAAAGCGAUGGAGACCCGCUGUAUGGGAGCUUCUGCAAUUUGGGCAUUGCUCCAUAACAAUCAGAGGGCCAAGACUGCUUUGAAGUGUCCUUCUGUUAGAUUGAGAAUUGAGAAGGCUCAUACCAUCGCAAAGAAGGAUGCAGACAGCAACCAGGAACACAUGAACACCUACCUACUGGAGUGCCUUGAAAACAUUUCUCAGCUGCUAAAUACUUGAACAGUGUUUGUUUGUUUUUUAUGGAUUUUUGUACCACGUUUCCAUCUGUAAAAUGUGAAUUAUAUUAAAAUAAUCUU